AAGAGGAGAGAGAGAAAUAAAGGUGUAGUUUGGUUGAUGCAAGUGUGAUCUUCAAGUUACAAUCUUUUUGCUGAGAGAGAGAAAGGGUCAGAAGCAGAUAUUUGAGAUCUGUCACUUUGUUUCAGUUCAGGAUCAAAUUAAGGAAUGCCAAGAAAAUGGGGAGGAAGGGAAAUUGGUUUUCUACAGUGAAGAAAGCUCUCAGCCCUGACUCAAAGGAGAGGAAAGAUCAGAAAUCAAGUAAAUCAAAGAAGAAAUGGUUUGGGAAGCAAAAAUUGCAGACUUCUGAGUCAUACUCAGAAAAUGAUAAAGCACCUCCUCUUCCUCCACCAGAAGAGAUUAAAUUAACUGAUCUAGAAAAUGAAAUCAGUCAUGAUCAUGUUGUUGAAGUUGCAAUUGCCACAAAUGCUGAAGAACCUGUUCCUACUGUUCGGACAGCAGCCGUUAGGGUUGAAGCUGCCAGAAUUGCUCGGUUUUCAGGUAAACCAAAGGAUGAAGUGGCAGCAAUCAAGAUUCAAACAGCUUUUAGGGGAUACUUGGCAAGAAGAGCAUUGCGGGCUUUAAGAGGGCUGGUCAGGUUGAAAUCAUUGAUGGAAGGGCCCAUUGUAAAACGCCAAGCCACAAGUACCCUCCGCUCUAUGCAGACAUUAGCUCGUGUGCAAUCCCAGAUUCGUUCUAGGAGGAUCAGAAUGUUAGAGGAGAAUCAGACUCUGCAAAGACAACUCUUACAGAAGCAUGCAAGAGAGCUUGAGAGCAUGCGGAUUGGGGAGGAAUGGGAUGACAGCCUACAAUCAAAAGAACAAAUCGAAGCCAAGUUACUAAGCAAGUAUGAGGCUACUAUGAGAAGAGAAAGAGCACUGGCUUAUGCCUUCACUCAUCAGCAAAACUGGAAGAACUCAUCUAGAUCUAUAAAUCCAAUGUUCAUGGAUCCAACCAUUCCUACAUGGGGUUGGAGUUGGUUAGAAAGAUGGAUGGCAGCCCGGCCUUGGGAGAGCCGUAGCCUGAUGGAUAAAGAGCUGAAUGACCAUUCAUCUAUAAAAAGUUCAAGCCGCAGCAUUACUGGUGGAGAAAUCAGCAAAUCAUUUGCUCGUUUCCAGCUCAAUUCUGAAAAGCAUUCUCCAACAGCCAGCCAAAAUCCCGGCUCGCCUAGCUUACAGUCCCAUUCAACUCCUUCCAAGCUAGCUUCUACAGCAGUUGCUAAGAAACUGAAGAAGGCAAGCCCAAAGGGCAGCUGGGUUAUGGAUGAUGACUCAAAAAGCAUGGUCAGUGUACAGUCAGAUCGGUUCCGGAGGCACUCCAUUGCUGGGUCAUCAGUGAGAGAUGAUGAGAGCCUUGCUAGCUCUCCAGCAGUUCCAAGUUACAUGGUGCCAACUCAGUCUGCAAAAGCCAAGUCCAGGACACAAAGUCCAUUAGCAACAGAAAAUGGGAAAACAGAGAAGGGGUCCUUUGGGACUGCAAAGAAGCGUCUUUCUUUCCCAGCUUCACCUGCAAGACCAAGGCGUCAUUCAGGUCCACCAAAGGUUGAAAGCAGCAUAAAUGCAGAGUUCACAGUGGACAAUGGUGUGGCCAAUUGAUUAUAUAACCAGACUACCAGAGUAAAAGGAUGGAAAGCAUUAAAGUAGGAUUAAAAAAACCACGGAAGAAAUAAAACAAGUUUAUUUGAAUUGAGUGUUCCAUUUAUUUAUUUAUCCUAUUUUUAUGUGUAAUACUAACGUUUCUUGGAGGCUUUUGAUUUGGGGUGAAAAUUGUUUUACUUACUAUAUUUAUCUGUUUGUAUUUUCAUUUACUUUCUUUUCUCACCAUUUGCCCUGAGGGGAAGAAAUGUUGUUCAUGAUAGUCGUAUAGUCAGCUGUUGGAAACCUUGUUGUGAA